UAUAACUGAUAAAAGAUUAUUGAGUACGAGUAUUCACAGCCACUCUUGUACUCGGGAGUUUCGUCCCUUUGAGGAGGAUGGCUGACGGCUCGGGCGAAGCCAUUGCCAAAUUUACUGGCCAUAAAGUGUCCAGCGUGAAAUGGAGGCCCGUCCAGCGAGGUAGUUUGGUACCAUCCAGUAUUUUCGUCAGUGGCAGCUGGGAUCAAAAGGAUAAUGUCGUGAGUGUAUGGUCGACCGCGCAGAGGAAUGGCGUUGCAAGUAAUGAAGGCGCUGAUGACCUUCAGGCAGUUCAGCAGCCAGAGCUAGUGACUAGCUGUCGGCAUGAUGGUGAUGUCACAGAUAUACAGUAUUUCGAUGAGGAGCGAUUCCUUGUGGCAUCCUCUCAAGGUUCAGUGUCGUUGAUGGCUCACCUCCCGCGUGAUCAGACUGCAAUACAGUGUGUUCACCGAUGGGAAGGCCUUCAUCACUUUCAGUCCGGCAUGCACUGUCCGUGCACUUCAAUAGCAGUGGGCAUGGACACUGUGGCUACGGUGGGCGAGGAUGGCACCAUCAACGCGCUACGCAUCAACCGCUCACAGCCCAUUUGGACUGCCGAGAAUGCUGACAGCUGUUGUCUAAAUGCGGUGCUUGUACUGCGCGCCUCGGAGCUGCUGACCAUCAACUCUGGCCGUCACCUGAAAGUCUGGGACAUGCGCUCGCCGGGGAAGAAACACUCCAAGCUCAUGCUAAUGUCCGGUGAGUCAGGCUCUCUGAACUGCGCUGCCAAGCAUCCCACGCAGAGCCACGUGGUGGCGUGCGGCGAUAGCAACGGCGUGCUGAGCGUGUGGGACAUGCGACAGGAGCGCUACCCGGUCACGCUGAUGGAGGCGCAUCAAGACAGCAUCUGGGACGUGCGUUUCCAUCCGCUGAAGCCCAACCACAUCUUCACGUGCUCGCAAGACGGUGCCGCAUUCCACUGGGACGGCUCGGCGCAGCGCUCCAUGCAGCUAGCGUCCAGCGGUGCUGUUCCCAGCCUGCUGGCGAGCAGGACGACUGGGGAUAGCAUCUCUGAGAGCAACCCGUGGCUCAGCGGCGAUCUCGUGAGGUCGCGUGUCAGCGUCGCCAGCCUGUUGCCCAAGAACCCACUGCCUGUCAACAGCCUGGACGUCGAUGCCCUCUCCAACUCGGUGGUCCUGGGCACGGACAGUCAGGCCGUGUGUCUCGUGUCCGGCAUCACAGUGCAGUAACACAUAGCAGUGAGCUACUGCCUUGUGUCCGGCAUCACGUCACAGUAACCAUGUGCUAACAGCAGUGGGCUACUGUCUCGUGCCAGGCCCCCACAGUACAGUAACAGCAGUCAGCUACUACUGAUUUUGACCUUAUGCCCCCAUACUGAAGUGACUGCUGCCCUGCAAGAGUGCUGCUCCUCUGAGGAUCCAGUCUCUUGCCAGUUGAGAUUGCCCGCUUCCUGAGGCUGUGCUCCGAAGAAAGAAAACCGCCAAUGCUAGCACGGCAGGCCAAUGCAACUCGCACUAUGUUUAUAUAACUUUAUUGUGGAGCUGCGCUGGUAUUCCCUCAACAUGUGUGCCCCGCUUGGCUAUGUUUGCUAGCCUGCUGUUGGCUGUAGUGUGGUCAAAUGAAACAUGCAGUCAAGUUGUGUUGCAAUUCUCAGUGAUGGCAUCAUUGUACACGUUCCGGUGUACUAGCUUAUUUGUGUACAAAGCAUCAUACUUCAGGUUGCUGUUAGACGCAGCAUGCUUGGUCCUCCUUGAUUGUACUGUGCAGUGUGCAGUAGGAUAUUGGCCAUGUGUCCAAUCUUAAGUUUUAUUUUUGAAAUUCCAGAAUGUAACACUGUAGCGAUUUGUAGGUCCUCUUAUCAACAAGCACAGUUCCUUCCAUGUCAGACUUGUCAUGAUGAGCAGAUUGUCCAUAGCACUAGGAUCAUUUUCUAACCUUUCGCGUUCUCUCCUUUCUUGUCCUGCUUCACAACUGCUCAUGACGACGAAUCAAGCAAUUCCCACGAAGAUUCUUCAGACGAUUGA